CUGGGCCUCUAGCUCCAACUUGGGAUCCCUGAUCAAUGUGAUCAGAGCCAGAGUCAGAGAAACAUGGAGUCCAAUGCAGUCCAGCUGACAAGGAUGGAAUAUGCCAUGAAGUCCCUCAGCCUUCUCAACCCCAAGUCCCUAUCCAGGUAUGUGGCAGUGAGCACCUCAGUGGUGACCCAGCAGCUGCUGUCAGAGCCCAGCCCAGAGGCCCUCAGAGUCCGGCCCUGCAAAGUGAGCACCCAGGACCGGAGUGUGCGGAAAGGCAUCAUGGCGCACAGUCUGGAGGACCUCCUCCGCAAGGUCCGGGACAUUCUGAAACUGGCAGACAAGCCUUUCUUCCUAGUGCUGGAGGAAGAUGGCACAGCAGUAGAGACAGAAGAUUAUUUCCAAACCCUGGCAGACGACACAGUGUUUAUGGUCCUCCAGAAGGGGCAGAAAUGGCAGCCCCCAUCAGAGCAGGGCUCUAGGUACCAACUCUCCCUCUCCCAUAAGCCUGCCAAGAAGAUCGAUGUGGCUCGUGUAACUUUCGACUUGUACAAGAUGAACCCACAGGACUUCAUUGGCUGCCUGAACAUAAAGGCUACUCUCUAUGGCACAUACUCCCUUUCCUACAAUCUUCACUGCUAUGGGGCCAAGCGCGUCAUGAAGGAAGCUCUUCGCUGGGCCCUCUUCAGCAUGCAGGCCACAGGUCACAUGCUGCUUGGCACCUCCUGUUACAUGCAGCAGCUUCUGGAUGCCACAGAGGAAGGGCAGCCUCCCAAGGUCAAGGCCCCAUCUCUCAUCCCAACCUGUCUGAAGAUACUGCAAUGAAGGCCCAAGUCCUUGGGGCCUUCCCCAGCUAAGGACUAGACUGGGAACCCCAUGCUCACCUAAUAGCACCCACAAGCCUGACAGUUAGAGAGCUUCUUACCUUCCUACAUUGCCCUUACCCCCACAGGACUAUGGAUGUGGAAGCAGGGGGAAGGGCUGGAAAUCUGGGAUGGGAUGGAUGGCCAAAGGAAACUGAGGGUUUUUGACCUGGCCCAGCUCCCUCCUGUCCAAGGUAGCUUAGCUGACCAAGACUGGUUACCAGCAGGCUAGGCACGAAGUCUGCCCCUCAGCUGCCUGUCUUCACAUGCUGUAUUUUCACCACACUCCCUACCUUCUGGCCCACAUCCCUAAUGCUCUUGAGUGAAUAGUCAGGUCCAUUAGUGUACAGCAUUAGAGAGUUGGCAAUAAAUGAUUUCUGCUGAUACAUA